AUGAGUGUCUUACCUUCUUGCUCUCGCUGCCCACAAUCAGUGGUUGUCUCUGUGGCCCUCAUAUUUGCUCUGUUCCAACAAACUUGCAGUGCCAAGCAUCACACAUCCUGUCCAUCUUCUUCAUGCGGAGAAAUUGGCGACAUAAGAUAUCCAUUCCGACUGAAAGGAGACCCUGGCGGUUGCGGCCUUCCCAGCUACGAACUUGAUUGCGUGAAUAACAGAACACUGCUUACUCUGUUUUCAGGGAAAUACUAUGUGAAGGAAAUCAAUUACGAUAGUUACCAGAUCCGGGUGAUUGAUUCGGGUGUUGUGGAGGACAAUUCUUGCUCUUUUCCUCGCUAUUUCUUAUCCCACCGAAAUUUCAGUCAUGAUUAUCUUAGUAAUGAUCCGCUGACUUUGUCGGAUGAUUGUUUUAGUACAGGAGUAGCGUUUGUAAAAUGUAGUAACCGAGUGAGUGAUGAUCCGCGAUAUGUGAAAGUGAAAGCAGGCUGUUGUGACUCCGGAGGCGUUAUCUACGCCGUUUAUCUUGGUACGACAUUUAGAGUAAUGGAUGUGAAGGCCGGGUGCAGAUUAAAGGUUGCUACCUUCGCAAACGGGUCACAUAGCAGUGAUGUUUCCUAUAGACACAGGACACAUGAUGGGAAGGUUUCCUACGCUGAUAUCCUCAAAUCUCUGGAAAAAGGAUUCUGGUUGACUUGGUCACCACUUGUUUGCAGGGACCAAUGUGGAAAGGGUAUCAAUUGCAACUUCAAUCAAACCACGCAACAAAUUCAAUGCUUAGGUUGUGAAAUGUUCAACCACGGAGUCAGCAAUUGUGGAAUUCUAUCACGAAUUAAUCAAUACAUUAGAGGUUAUGUUGCAUUUGUCACACGUGGAUUUGCCAAUAGAAUAAAAAAUAUCAGACGAUCAUUUUGGGACUAUCGUGAUGGAGAAAUCCUAGGUCAAGAUAUUCUACCAAUAUUCAUAGUAGUUAGGUAUUUAUUUGUACUCUCACUUUUGCUGGUGGUGUUCAUCUAUAAAUGGCGAAGACGACACUUUUCAAUAUAUGAAAAUAUUGAAAAUUUUUUGUUAGACAACAAUAUAAAUCCUAUUAGGUAUGAGUACAAAGAAGUAAAGAAAAUGACUAAAGGUUUCAAAGUGAAAUUAGGUGAGGGAGGUUUUGGUUCUGUGUACAAAGGAAAGCUUCAAAGUGGGUUAGAUGUUGCAGUAAAGAUGUUGAGCAAAUCCAAAGAUAGUCGACAAGACUUUGUUAAUGAAGUAUCUACCAUUGGAAGAAUACAUCAUGUGAAUGUAGUUCGGCUUAUUGGAUAUUGUGUUGAAGGAAAAAAAUGUUGUCUAAUUUAUGAAUACAUGCUUAAUGGAUCAUUGGAUAAAUACAUUUACUUUAAAGAAGGAAGUGUUCCUUUGAGACAUGAGAAGAUAUAUGAAAUAUCUAUUGGAAUUGCUCAUGGGAUAGCAUAUCUUCAUCGAGAUUGUGAUGUGCAGAUUUUACAUUUCGAUAUCAAGCCUCAUAAUAUUCUUUUAGAUGAUAAUUUUAUUCCAAAGGUUUCAGAUUUUGGACUUGCAAGGUUGUAUCCUGCAAAAGAUGGAUCCAUUAUUUUAACUGCAAUAAGAGGAACAUUAGGCUACAUGGCUCCAGAGUUAUUUUACAAAAAUAUAGGUGGAGUUUCUCAUAAAGCUGAUGUCUAUAGUUUUGGAAUGCUUUUGAUGGAAAUGACGAGUAGGAGAAAAAACUCAAAUCCUCAUGCAGAGCAUUCAAGUCAACAUUAUUUUCCCUUUUGGAUCCAUGAUCAACUUAAAGAAGACAAAGAUAUUGACAUGGAAGGUGCUUCGGAAAUGGAUAAUAUUUUGAUGAAGAAAAUGUUUAUAGUUGCACUUUGGUGUAUACAAUUUAAACCAAGUGAUCGCCCAUCAAUGAAUAAGGUUGUAGAAAUGCUUGAAGGAAAAGUUGAAAGUCUUAAUAUUCCUCCAAAACCUUCUUUUUAUCCUCAUGAAAUGUUAGAAAAUGAUGGUACAAUCAACUCUCCAAGAACAUCAUGGAUUGAUUCAAAUAGUUCGAUGUGCCCGUGGACAUAAAAAUUCCUAAUCACUCAUCUUUGGAAUAACUCAUUUGGCACGAGUUAAGUAUUACUAUUGAAAAGUUUGUAAUUUAAAAUUAGGGCUCAUGGAUUAUAUAUUAAUUAUACUCAUAC